AUGGCUCGUACCAUGUUGGAUGAGAUUAGGAAUAUUGUCUCCAUGGCAACUGACGCUGUCGACGAAGAGAUCAAAACGAAGCAUUUGCUCUACAGUAUAUUCAAGCCUGUUGCAGCUGCUGCGCACCUGACAGUUAUCGUCAGCUCAACACACUGCUUGAAAAGCAACAGAGAUAUCUUAGAUAUCACUGGAAAUGCUGACUUCGUCCUACAGCUUGGUGAUAAAUACGUCUGUGUGAUGCUAGCAAAGAAAGAUAUCAACCUAAAUGGCGAAGGUAGCAGCGAGGACGACUUUGAAUCAGGUGACGGUGACAUUGUGAAACGUGAAGUAGAGAAUGAACUAGCUCAAACUGUGAUGGUUAUGGAAAUCAUCAGUACUUACGCGACUAGGCGGUAUCAUUUCAAAAUACCGAGAGUGGCGCUUUAUUAA